AUGGCCUUCCGUCAAAGCUGGGCCCAAGGGGACGACGCGCGACUUGGUGCUACUCAACAUGAUUAUAUUUAUGACCAGCCGUAUGGCUCCGGCCACAAUAGCUCGGAUGAUAUAAUUCGCAAGAAUCCAAUUGUCGACAGCUAUGAAUUGAAUUCUAUGAGUGCCGAUCCAAAUCUUGGGUUGAUGGGCAAGGCCGGCCAUGCCCAGUUGAAUGAGAGAGCGAGGCCAGGUGAUGCUACCUUUGCCUCUCCCUAUCUCCCAAAGCUAUGGACGCCGUUUUUCCUCCGCCGACUGGUGCUCUUAGGAUUUGCUGCCAUGUUCUUCGGUCUCAUGCUCAUCUUGGGGAUCUUGUACGGAGUAUCACAAAAGCAGCUUGGCCUUAGCACGGUAACCCCAAGCUUGUAUUAUCUCUGGCGAUAUGGGCCAACAGCAGUAUUCGCACUGAUUGCCGCUUUCUGGGGCCAAAUCGAGUAUCGCACCAAACAACUCGCCCCAUGGAAGAACAUGGCCGAUAGCCCUCAAGUCGUAGACCGGAGCCUGCUGCUCGAUUACGUAUCCCCUAUCAAUGUGGGCGUCUUCUAUCGCUCGGUCCGGAUGAGGGACUGGGCAGUCGCAGCCGCCGUCACAGGAUCUUUUCUGAUCAAACUCAUUAUUAUUGCAUCUACUGGCCUCUUUGCAGAUAAUUUCGUCCAUCUGAAUAUAGAAGUGACUGACCUGCCUGUCUUGGAUCGGUUUAAACCAGGGAGUUUGAACAUGAGCAAUUUAAAUUCGAGACCUAUACAUCGGAUUUACGGCGUCAGGGCCCUCAAUAUGACCUAUCCAGCCGGCACAACGGCUCAGCAUGCGUUCACCAAUAUUGAUACCUCUCCUAUCGACGACAGGGUAUCGUCUGUCAAUGCAACAUUAGAUGUUUUUACAUCAACGGUGCGGUGCGAGCUGGCAAAUAUCGAUCGAAUCGAUACCCACACAGUACAAGGCUCGUCAGGCGUUGUCAUGCUUCCCAAUGGAACUAGACAGGACAUUCCUCUAUUAGAUCCUAGCAAGAUCAAUCUCACUCUCAGCCUCUCUUCACCAAGCUGCCAUUAUUCUACGCAAUACAUAGCUCCCGUUGAUGAUGUGUUCGAAAUCUUAGAUGUUACACCCAAGAGCGAUUGCGCGGACCACGGACGGUUUCUGUACAUCUACGGAAUUACCACUAUCAACACUACACAAUCGGAUGUGGACAGAAAGUUGGUUGAUGCACAAUAUUUCCUAUGCUUGCCUCAAUACUCAAUCCUGCCCGGCAACGUUCUCCUGCAUGUCAACACAUCGGCUAGUCCACUGGAACCCGAGAUCUCGUUCCCUCCUACAUCCAAACCUCUGCAGGAUGGGGCCUCAGCUAUAUAUUUUGUCCAAGCAAUGUCGAAGAUGUUGAGUGACAACGGAGCGAUUAGAAUAGUGAGAUAUUUAAACGGCAGCACAUCGCAGAAUGUGACGACUGAUUUUCGUGAUUCGGGUUUGCUUCAAAACGGUCUGGAGACCUAUUUUACGCAAGUUAUUACACAAAUGGCUUCCAUCUAUCAUCGAGUAGCUGCCAAGAAUGAUACCACCGGGACACUCGAUAUAGCAGAAUAUAGGUUGCAUCUGCAGACCUUCUCGUUCGUCGUUAUUGAAGUAAUGUGCGGUUUACUUGUGGCCCUCUCCGUAUCGUUGGCAUUGCGCGCGAAGAAUACUGUGGUAUCAAGAGACCCUGGGCCUAUUGGUGGCCUCGCCGCCAUUGUGAGUCGCAGUGGCCGACUUGAGAGCACGCUACAUCAGUCAGGGAGUGCGAGCCUUUCUUCAACUCGGAAUAUCCUAGGUUAUUCGCGCUUUAGCACAACGACAUCGGCGACUGGGCCUCCUCAUGGGUUUGCAAUAUUGCCCACUAUACCCGACUCGUCUGAGUCUAAGAAAGAACCCGAAGACGAUACGAACAUGUGCUGGUACCGCCCGUGGACCACGACGUUUGGCGCGAAAAUAGCACUUGUGACGCUUCCAUUAAUGAUCGUCGCGGCACUGGAAGUGUGCUAUACCGCAUCCCGCAGAUCCAAUGGGUUGAGCCAGCUCGGUCCAGAUACAUGGGUUAGACUUGCGUAUACCUACAUUCCGACUUCGAUCCUCGUAUGCCUUGGGCUCUGCUUCGGUUCUCUCGACUUCACAACGAAAAUGUUCCAGCCAUAUAAAGCAUUGCAGCAUGGGGGUAUGCCUGCUGAAGCCACAAUAAAUGUUGACUAUCACAGCAGAGUUGGCCUGCAUGCGCUGUGGUCAGCCUUAAGGUUGAAGCAUAUCCCGGUUAUUUCAAUCUCCCUGGCAAUGGUGGCCGCUCCCUUCCUUAGCAUCAUCACCAGCGGUUUGUUCUCGACCGAUAUCCUACCUCAGUCAACAGACCUGAAUGUUAUCAAACAAGAUGCAUUUUCCUUGGACAACUUCCUUUCGGAAUCUGGACUCGCAGACGAGAAGGGCGCUGACCAAGGAUUGACUGUAGCGAAUCUUGUGAUCACAGACAAUGUAACUGAUCCACAAUGGACUCAUGGUACUCUUGCGCUGCCGAAAUUCAAGAUCCCAGAUCAAGUCCCCCAAGGUGAUGCCCGUGUGCCCAUAAACGGAAGCAUCCUGACAACCACUCUUCUUGCUACCCGUGGUCUUGCUAACUGCACCAUACUGCCUACGGAUCAGAUAACAAAUGCAACUUACAUAAAUGGGACAGUUGGUUCCAAAUCCACGGGAGAGCUGGUUGCCAGCGCGAUCCCGCCAAACAAGUGUGGCCGCAGUCACAGCAUGGCUUUCAACAACAAAACUAUGGACUUCUCAAUUCCAGUCAUGGACGGGAAGCACUUCGGGAAAUGGGAAUUCACUGAUCGACAAGGCUGGGAUAAUAAGACAUGUCCAACCUUUUGGAUCAUAAGUGGCCGGGUGGUAAACAUGCGGGCACAAGACGUUACGAUGCUUUACUGCUCGCCUUACCUUGAACGAGUACAGGCAGAAGUGACCGUAACACUCCCAGAUUAUGGCAUCGACCAUGACCGACCCCCUGUUGUCAAUGACAACAAUAGGACACGAGUAGGUGAUGCGACAAUGCCUUACCGAUGGCAGGAAUCUCUAUAUCUCCCGUUCGUGACCAACGAUACUCAAAACAUCAUGAACAUCAUCAGCGACGACCUUACGGGAGACGGCUUCUUCGGCGCCCUGACCAAGGGCAAAGACGGCAUCCCCAUCGCCCAGUUGUCCGGCUCAGACAAUUCACCCAAGCUCGCCUCCGCAGUCGAAAACUUGUACGGCAAAGUGAUAGCGCAAAUCAUGAACUUCCACCGUGUGGACCUCUCAAACGCUACCUCCCCCUUACAAGCCUUCCCAGCAACACUAAUAACACCCAACCGCAUAAUCCUGCGCCAAAGCCCCAUCUCCACUCGUAUUCUGGAUGUUCUCCUUAUCAUCAUGGCGAUCUGUGCAGCGCUCACAUACUGGUUUCUCGACACGACCAAGACGCUCCCCAAGAACCCGAGCAGUAUUGGCGCUGUCGCGAGCUUACUCGCUGGUUCGGAGAUGCUGAGGAUGAUUCCUGAGGGUGCAGAAUGGGGGAGGGAUUACCGGAUGUUUGAUGGUUGGUUCUUCGGUCUUGGGUGGUGGGGAAGCGGGGACAAGAAGAGAUUUGGCGUUGAUGUUGGGUCUGGGGAGAAAGGUGGUGAGGGGAAUCGAUUGAUAUAA